AUGUGGACGCACGGCCUCAUCACCGAGCCUCUGGUCAAGGAGGCAUUUCUAAAGGUUGACCGGCGGAACUACGCCCCUGCCAUGCCGUACCAAGACUCUCCUCAGCCCAUCGGCUACGAUGCCACCAUUUCUGCUCCGCACAUGCAUGCCUCUGCUAUUGAGCAUGUGCUGUCUCGUCUCCUCCCAUCAGAGGCGUCGCCGGCACCACGGGUUCUUGAUGUUGGCUCCGGGUCUGGCUAUCUUACCCACAUCUUUGCAGAGCUCGUUGGAGAGCGCGGGUUGGUGGUAGGGCUGGAGCAUAUCAAGGAGUUACGAGACCUAGGGGACGCCAACAUGAAAAAGAGCCCAGAGGGGAAGAGGCUGUUGGACGCGGGAAUCGCAAAGUUUGUCGUUGGCGACGGGAGACUGGGUUGGGUUGAGGAGGCGAGACCAGGCGAAGAGGAGUUUGGGGCAGGAUGGGAUGUGAUUCAUGUUGGCGCCGCAGCCAAAGAGGUGCACGCUCCUCUGUUGGAGCAGCUCAAAGCCCCAGGAUGCAUGUUUAUUCCUGUGGAUGAUGACUCCACCGGGUGGGAACAGAGCGUGUGGCGCAUCGAAAAGGACGAAGAGGGAAAGGUGACGAGGAAGAAGCUAUUUGGGGUGCGAUAUGUUCCGUUAACGGACGCCCCAAAGAGGUAA